AUGGUCUGCUAUGUACGGACCCAGGCCGGAAACCUGCAGCUACUGGUCGCCCAGAUGCAGAAGAACGCCGACACGGUGGAGAAAGACAUCCUCCGGUCUGAGGAGCUGCUGGCUGUGGAUGCUGAAAAUGACAAGAAGGAGCAGCCCUUCGAGCACCAGGCGGAGAUCUCAGACCGGCUGGGCGAGGCCGAGGGUCUGCUCAAAGACCUCUUCCUCGACAUCGACAAAGCCAAGAAGCUCAAACACCCACAGGCCAAAGACAUCGACAGAGAUGUCAUUGAGCUCCACGAGCGCUGGCUGAAGGACUGCCUCUUCUACCGAGACAUCUACGAGCAGAUAGACGACGUGUCGCUGAUGCCCAGAAUCGAGUGGGGGCCGGUUUUCAACGAGAAGCAAAAAGAGGUGAACGCGGAAGAGUACGGCCCCACCAUGGCCGACCUGGAGAAGCAGAUCGCCGCUCACAACAUCCUGCACAAAGAGGUGGAGGCCUACAACUCGCAGCUCUGCGUCGCCUCAGCGGGCAGCAAGGAGAAAUACACAGCCCUGAAGAAACAGUACAACAACCUCCUGGAUAACUCAAAGUGGCGUCAGCACUACCUGAAGAGCCUGUACGAGUACAUGCAGGGCUGCAACAAGGAGCUGGCCUUCCUGGGGGAGGAGCAAGAUAAGAUCAAAAGUGAGGACUGGAGCGACCGCAUGGUGGACCCGCCGGACGUCCGCAGGCAGUACGAGAACUUUAAGAACAACAACCUGCUGUCCCACGAGAGCGAGGUGAACAAACUGCAGGAUGAAGGAGACAGACUUGUCGACAUGAAGCAUCCUGCCAGCGCCACGAUACAGGCGCAAAGAGACGCUCUGCGGAACGAGUGGCAGAAAUUCCUCAACCUCUGCAUCUGUCAGGAGACUCACCUGGACAAUGUGGAGGAGUACAAAAGGUACCAAAUGGAGACGGAGCAGCUGUCGGAGACACUGACCAAACUGAACAACAGCCUGGACCCAAAGGUGGUCAGCAAACAGAGCAACUCAGAGACUCAGCUGCAGCUGGAGGCGGGGGAGAAGGCGGUGCAGAACAGCGAGCAGUUGCUGGCCGACCUGAGGAGACGCAGCACCACCAUCGCUCCCCUGAAGCUGCGGCGCAGCACGGGCAACAGACCCAUCACGCUGGAGUCCCUGUGCGACUGGGAGACGGACAAGGCAUCUCUGAACAGAGGGGAGAAGGUCACUCUGAAGUCCAACUCUGACAUUGAGAACUGGGACAUCAUCUCCACCGACGGGUCCACAGGAACCUUCCCCGGAGUUUGCUUCCAGAUCCCCCCGCCCGAUCCAGACGCCAUCGACAAAGUGGACUUGCUGGGAGAUGAGCUCACAGACAUCAAGAGGAGGAGAGCUGCUCUCGCUGCUUCCCUGAAGAAUAACAAAUCAGCCGUCUCCAGGCCCGUUCAAUCAGCUGCACCAUCCUCCUCCCCGCUGGAUCCCAAAGCCACAGCGCUGGCCCAGCAGCUGGACAAGCUUGACGACGACCUGGCCAGCGCCGAGGAGAGCAUGCUGAGCCGCCUGCGGACCCCGCUGGACCGCAGUGACCCGGCCGGAGAUCUGGCCAAGAGGCUGAGAGAACAGCAGCAAGCCGCCGAGGCUCUGAAGGCUCUGGAGAAGCAGAAGUUGGCUGCGCAGGCUGACCUGCAGCCGCUGCUGUCCAAAGACCCCAGUGUCACCUCCUCGGGACUGCCGCUCAAACUGAGCACUGCCAACAACAAGCACGACAGCAUCGCUGCCCUCGCCGACCUCUACAACAAGAAAGCUAAUGCGUCUCUCGGCCUGGAGAAUCAGAUCAAAAAGGUGGACGGCCUUGUUUCUGGAUUUGAGAAAAAGCUGAGUGAUGACAGUCCAAUCCCUGACGUACCAAACGCUCUCCAAGCCCGCACUGAUGACAUCCAGUAUCAGCGGAAGGCUGUGACAGCGGCUCAGGACGACAUGAAGAAGCUGAGUCAAGAUCUGGAGGCCACGGAUCAGCUGUGCAGCUCUCUGCAACAGGGCUACCAGGAGUACUGCCCCGACAUCCAGCGCCAGAGGACUGAGGUCAAGCAGCUGCAGACGCGCUACGCUAAUGUGGCUAACCAGCUGAAGGAGAGAGAAAACAUCUUACAAGACGCUGCAGGCAAAAACCAGGAGUUCCAAAGCACAAGCAAAUCCCUGAAAUCUUUCCUGGACAACCUGCCGAAGGACCAGAUCAAUCCCAACGAUGACCUGUCUCAGAUCGCUGCCAAGCAGAGCUCUCAAGAGAGGGUGGCAGAGGACCUGAAGAGGAAGGGAGACGACAUGGACAGAGUGACCGACCUGUCUCGAGACCUGCAAAGUCUGCUCAGCGAUUAUGAAACCAACGUUGACAAAUACAACAGCACACUCGAGGACUCUGGAGCAACGGUUGCACAGAAACCGCGCCUGUCCACACUGACUGAAGCUGUCCAGAAAGAGGAAAGGGAUCUGGUCAACCGUUACGCUGAAGCGUCAGCUGAAAGUUCCCAACGGCAAAAGCAGAUGGACUUGGCUAAGAAUCUUGUUUCACGCAAUGACGAGAAAAUCACCAUGGUGGCACAGCAGCAGGUGCAGCUUGAAAGCCAGCAGAGGAGUUCUUUGGAGUUAGACACUCUGGCCAAGGAGCUCGAAGAGGAGAGGGAGAGGGCGACUCAUGUCCAGGUCGAGUUAAGAACCUAUAAAGAGAGGCUGCUGUCCCUGAAGAGUCGCAGAGGAGUGGAGCGUUUCGAGGAGACAGAAGUGCUGCACUACUACCGGGACCCAAAACUGGAGAGCGAUUUGGCCGACCUGCAGAAAAUUCUAAAUGAAGAGAUCUACAAGCGUAGCACCACCGUGAGUGAGCUUGAGUUGAUCACCAAAAAAGUCACCAUCCAGGAGGAAACCCUUCAAAAAGCCGCGCCAAAACUGGUGACCAGAGAGGUGACGGAGUUCGAGAAAGAUCCUCAGCUGGACGUAGAGGCUGCGAAGACACGAGACGAAAUAGAAAGGAUGAGAAAUGAAAUCAGAGUGAGAGACGGAGAGCAUAUACAGAUGCGGACGGAGGUCACAAUCCUCCAGCAGAAGAGGCCGCCGAUCAAAGAGAGGGUGGUCAAGAAGGAGGUGGUGAAAGUGGAGAAGAACCCGGAGAUGUUGAAGGCGGUGCGGACGUUUGAGACGGAGAUUUCCGACGAGAACAACAAGGUGAAGCUCCUCAACGAUGAAAUCUUCCAGACUAGGAGCAUGAUCAACGCACUGGAGAGACUCAUUCCAAACAUCCAGCCAAAAAUUAUCACCAAGGAGGUGAAAAAGAUUGAACAGGACCCCGAGCUCAUCAACGAAUCUAAGACGAUUCGAACCACCAUAGAGAAAGAGAGGUUCGAAAACAACUCUUUGUCCAGAGAGUUGUCCGAGCUCCAGAGCCGCUACAGAGAAGUUCAAACCUGGAGGCCCAAAGUCGAGGUGAAGGAAAUUGUCAACGAGCUCUACCGGAUCGACCCCAACACAGAGGUGGAGAUAAUGCGGCUCAGGAAAGACAUCCAAGACUCCACCAAACAGCACACUGAUCUCGAGAAAAAUAUCAGCCAGGUCACGUCUGAGGUGAACAUCCUCCGGGCUGAGAAACCCAAAGUGGAGAUGAAAGAAGUUCUCCAAGAGGUGGUGAAGGAGGAGAGAAGCCCUGAAAAUGAGCGGGAGAUCCAGAGGCUGAACACCCAGGUGAACCAUUCGCACUCCACUUACAGCACCCUCUGUGACCAGGUGAACAGACUCAGGAGGGAAAGAGAUGAUCUGAAGGCCGAGAAGUCCAAGAUAGAGACCAAACUGGUCGAGAGAGAAGUCAUCAAGUACGAGCCUGAUCCCCUGUUGGAGAAAGAAGCUGACCGCCUUAGGAAAGACGUGCGGGAGGAGGCGCAGCUGAGGCGCAGCAUCGAGGAGAUGGUCUUUGAUCUGCAGAACAAAUACAUCCUGCUGGAGAGGCAGAAGCCCGAGGAGAAGGUGGUCAUGCAGGAGAUCGUGCGUUUGCAGAAGGACCCGCGGCAAAUGGUUGAGCAUGAUAAGCUCAGCAGGAACCUGGACGAAGAGGUGAAGAACAGGCGUCAAUUCGAGCUGGAGUUGCAGCAGCUUAGAUCACAGAUUGAAGAUAAAGUCAGGCUCCUCAGAGAGAGCGACGAGCGCCAAAAGAGGAUCCAAGCCGAGUCUGAACUCCGAGAGAUCCGAAUGCGCAUCACGCAGCUGGAGAACGCUCCACCUCCCGUCGAGGAAAGCAUCAUCGUUGAGGAGUUACUGAAGGUGGAAAGAGACCCGAAGUUGGAGAGGGCGACAAAUGGACUGCGGUCGGGGUUGGACAAGGAAACCAGCGAUAUGUUGCGUCUCCAGAGAGAAAUCCGUAGCAUCACUCUUAGGCUCGAGAUCCUUCAGAGGGAGAAGGCCGGAGAGAAGACGGUGUAUAAAGAGGUCAUCCGUGUCGAGAAAGACCAGGGCGUGGAGGCGGAGCGGGAUCGCCUGAGGGAGCAGGCAUCUCAGACCAAAUUUGCCAGACAGGACCUGGAGGACGAAAUCAGACGAUUGAAUGAUAAGGUCAACCUCAUGUUGAACGGCAAGUCGAGCACUUCAAGGGAGGAGACGACCCUCACUCUGAACAGAGAUGCCUUGCUGAGGGACAAGGACAACCUCACUCGGGAGCUCAGGACUCUGGAAGCCAAGAGGCAAGACACCAGUGUGUCGUUCCAGCAGCAGAGCAAACUGAUCAGCGAGAGGACACAGAUGAACAAGCAGAAGAGCCUCAAGAUGUCGUCCGAAACGCAGCACCUGGAGAGGCAGAUCCUGGAUGAAAAGGACAAGAUCCACAUGAGGGACAGCACCCUCCGGGACCUUCUGAUGAGCCUUCAGAAAGAGGAGCAUGUGGAGACAAGGACCAAAGAGACCAACGUCUCCACCAAAAUCACCAUUUUGGAUCCAGACACCGGCAAAGACAUGUCCCCGUAUGACGCCUACCUGCAGGGCCUGAUUGAUCGUUCCCAGUACAUCCAUCUGCAGGAGCUGGAGUGCGACUGGGAGGAGAUCACCUCCAUGGGGCCCGACGGGGAGACAUCCGUGCUGCAGGAUCGCAAGAGCGGAAAACAGUUCUCCAUCAAAGAUGCGCUGAAGGCAGGCCGACUGACGGAGAAUCAGCUGAAGCAGUACAAACAGGGCCAGAUCCCCAUCUCAGAGUUCGCCUUGCUGGUCGCCGGUGACAACAAGAAGCAACCUCAGUUCAACUCCAUCAUCCCAAAGUCCAGCACAACAGUGAAUUCUGCCCCUCCAAACCCCUCAGAAGUCUACCCUGUGGCCGGAAUAAUGGAUGCAAACACUGAGACCUGCUACACAAUUCGGAAUGCCACCCUGCGCAAACUCAUCGAUCCCAGCACGGCUCAGAGACUUCUGGAGGCUCAGGCAUCGACAGGCGGCAUCAUUGACAUCAACACCAACGAGAGAUGUACGGUUCACAAGGCAACGGCCCGAGGCCUCGUUGAAGACAGCCAAGUCCAGCGGCUACUCAAUGCUCAAAAGGCCUUUGCGGGUGUUGAAGACCCCAUGACGAGAGAGUGUUUGUCCGUGGGCGAGGCCAUCCAGAAGGGCUGGAUGCCGAAGGACACCGGCCUCCGCUACAUGGAGGCACAGCACCUGACUGGAGGCCUCGUCAAUCCCAAUACAGGUCGCCGAGUGAGCAUCAUGGACGCCAUUGGGAACAAGAUGAUCGACAGCUCGAUGAUGAGGGAGCUGCAGGCAGAGUCGACCUACAUCAAGGAUAUUGUCGACCCAAUCACAAAGGAGAAGAUCAACUACAAACAAGCUCUGGAUCGCUGCAGGAAAGACCCAUCGUCCGGCCUCCCCAUGCUGCCCGCCUCCUCCAAAGAAUCUGGUUACACCUCUAAAUAUGCAAGAUUCUAGAUAUUUUUACGACAUACUUAUCUGAUCCUUGCUGGUCAAAUAUGUACUAUUAUAAGAAAUCAAUGCCAAAUGAAUCUCUUAGGAUGUUUAUUUGACUCAGGAAACGUCUUCUACCACAAAGCUUUCUGUCUGCCGAAAUUAUCGCUGCUGAGCUGCCUUUGUUUACCGAAAAUGUUUGAUGUGAGCAAGAUGUUUUUUUGAUUUUUAUUUAAAAAACCAGAGAAUAUAAAUUCAUUUUAUCUGUGAUAUCGUUGUGUUAUUUGGGAUUCUGGGACACGGUGCAAUGCUUUUUACCAAGAUUGAUUUGAUUCUGUAUUAC